AUGUUAGUAUCAUUUCUCAGGAAGCAGCUUGAGAGAAAAUUGCAGAGCUAUACAACUCUGCCACAACCGAAUCACGAACAGCUGAUGAACUCAGAAGCGGCAUCUGUCUGUAUGGAGGAGACAAAUAAAAAUACAGAAAAUCUACAUGAAGGGGAUGUUGAUCUUGCAUCAAUGUCUAUAGUGUUAAAUGAAGCUGAUAAUUCUGAAAGCAACACAGAAGCUUUAGAACAGACAUGUGAGUUACGAACACCGUCUGUACCAGUACCACAGCAAUCCCUUCUGGCAGUUAAAGUGAAACAUGAUUGGUCUGAUUACACACCAAGACACUUACAAUCAAGUAAACACAGAGUUCUUCAAGGAAAAAGAAAAAGGAUUGAAGAACAGUCAUCGAAAGAGGGCCUAACAUCUCUAAAAAGGAAGUUGUUAGAGGAAGAAGCUGCAAGAAACAAAGAACACCAUGAACAAAAAAUGAAAAAUGAGCAGGAACUACACGAGUUGAAAGCUAAAAACUUGCAGCUCCAAAAUAAAAAAUUAGAAUAUGAAAUUUUACUCUUACAGAAACAAAUUGAUGCAUAAUCAAUAAAGUAUU